AUGAGUCGCUGGGACGACUUCGCUUGGACCCAUUAUCAAGUCGGCUUCAUUGCACACGACGCGGCCUGCUUUCUCUCCUGGCAUCGAUGGUUCAUUGCACUGUUCGAGAGUAGUCUUCGGACCGACUGCGGAUACUCAGGUCCGAUGCCAUACUGGGACUGGACGCUCGACUGGGAGCAUCCAGAGCUUGCUUCGAUCUUUGAUGAUAAGUUUGGACUUGGGGGCAACGGUGACAAGAUGCACACUUCCACGGCGGAUGGCGCUUGGUGUGUCGAAAGUGGACCUUUCGCUGGAGCACAAAUCCCAUUCGACUAUAGCGCUGUCGCGGGGGAAGAGGUAUUUUUGAAUGCGCAAGGACAGAACACUUCCUUCUGUCUGUCGAGAAAGUUCGCUUUGGGAAAUUCAUUCGAUGCAUCUCAAUUGGCUCCACAGCACGUCUCGUGGGUUCUGUCCCAGAGGGGGUACGUCAAAUUUUUGAUGGAAUUGGAGGAGGGACCACACAACACCAUCCCCUUCGGAAUCAAUGGAACCUUCUUGACUCUUUAUGCUCCGGAAGACCCGAUCUUCUUCCUCCAUCAUAUGCAGCUCGACCGUUUGUGGUGGAGCUGGCAGAAAUCAAGGCCAGAAAACGCGCGAGCAUACAACGGACCGAGCACAUCACAGACAACAGCAGUGGCCAAGCUCACCGACUCCUUACCAUUUGGCAACUUGAGCGAAGACGUUAUUGUGAAAGACAUCAUCGAUACCAAGCGCGGGAGGCUAUGUUAUGAAUACGACGAGGUAGCAGCGUAG